GUGAGCAUUGAAAUGAGAAACUACAUGAUUAUACAGAAGCUUUAGAGGAUAUAUUUUACAUAUCUUUCAACUUUACAAUUAACUUAAUUUAAAACUUCAUACAAAACUGGAGGGAUUUGCAUAUAUAUUAAUUAAAAACAUACAAUAAAAAAAUGGUUGAGUCAUCUGGUCUUAAUAGACCUCCAUCAUCGUUGCCACAAUCAAUAUCGCCACAUUCAACGGCUAGUAGUAGUGGCAGUAGCUUACGUUUUGGUAGUUUAGAGACUCGUGUACGUGGUUCGUGGUAUAAAGUUCUUGUUACAUUAGAAACCGAUUAUUUAUCAAUUAGUUUAGAUGAAAGUUGUGAUACACCAGCUGAACAGCAUCAUUCGACGACGCUUAAUGGAACUUUAGGUAGUAAUCAUAGCGGACAAAAUGGUACAUUACCACCGGGUAGCACAAUGUCAAGUGGCGGUAAUACAAGUACGACUGGUAAUAGUGGUCCUGGGGGUGGUGGUAGUGCUAUCGGUGGUGGAGGAGGUUCUGGUACUAAUACAUUAUCAACUGAUGAUACAAUUGAUAAUAAUGGUGAACAUUUACUUAAUAAUAACACUAUGGAUAAUGGUAUGACAGAAAUAUGUGAUGUACCUGAUCAUGUGGCAAAUCAAAAACGACAUGUUCGUAUUAUAAAGUCUGAUAAUAACGGCCUUGGUAUAUCAAUCAAAGGUGGACGAGAAAAUCGUAUGCCUAUUUUGAUAUCAAAAAUAUUUCGUGGUAUGGCAGCUGAUCAAGCUAAAGGUUUAUAUGUUGGUGAUGCAAUAUUAUCUGUUAAUGGUGAAGAAUUAAGGGAUGCAACACAUGAUGAAGCAGUUAGAGCAUUAAAACGUGCUGGAAGAGUUGUGGAUUUAGAAGUGAAAUUCCUCCGAGAAGUGACCCCAUAUUUUCGUAAAGCUAGUAUUAUAUCAGAAGUUGGUUGGGAAUUACAAAGGGCAUUUUUAUGUCCAUUAGGUGGACCAACAUCACCACCAGCACCACGUAGCCCACCAAGAGCUGAUACAAGAUAUAUACCAUUACAAUUAACACAUUUAGCAAGGAAUUUAAAAUAUAUUGAUCCAGAAAAUCGUUGCAUCGAAUUACAUUCACCUGAUGGUAUCCAUUCAUGCAUAUUACGUGCAACUGAUUCUCAAGAGGCAUUGAUCUGGUUUAAUGCACUACAUUCAGCUAUGGGAAAUAGUACACAAAGAGCACUUAACGAUGCAAAUCGUGCACUUGUCAACAUAAUUGGAGAAUUAAAACACAUUGGUUGGCUUAGUCGAAGAAUAGGUGGAAGUGAUCAGAGUGGCAGAUCAAGUUCAGAAAGUUCAGAAGAAAAUGAUAAAUGGCAACCAGUUUUUGUAGCUGUAACAGAAAGAGAAUUUAGAAUAUAUGAAAGUGCACCAUGGUCAGUCGAGGCAUGGAGUCGACCACUUGAGAGUUGUCCUUUAGCAUCGACACGUUUAGCUGGUGCUGGAAAUAAUUCAUCUCUUAAUGGCCAACAGACUACAGUAUUUUGUGUACGUUGUGGUACAACUCGUGGUGUCCUUAUAUAUUGGUUACGCUCUGAAACACAUCGUGAUAUGGCUGCAUGGGCACGUUCAUUAGUUCAAGGUAGUCAUAAUGCAGUUAAUUAUCAAAGGGAAUUUUUAUUUCGUUGCUUAUAUCAAGGACGUCCGUGUCAAUUAGUUGUACAUUUAAAUCGUGGUUUUUCAUUAUUAGAAAGUGGUAGUGGUUAUAAUAAUCCACCAAAAACUAUAUUACAAUUUUCAUUUGAUAAAUUAAAAGGUUCAGCAGAUGAUGGUAAUCGUAUGUUAUUUUUGGAUUUUGGUGAUGAUGGAGAAGUUGAACUUGACAUGGAAUGUUGUCCAAAGCCGGUUGUAUUCGUAUUACAUAAUUGUCUUUCAGCAAAAGUACAUUCGAUGGCAUAAAAUAUUUUUUUUAUUUUCUUUUUACGUAUAUAUUUGUAUUUGAUCUAAAUUUUAAGUAUGAUGGGCUUCUUUUUCGUAAAUUUUUGUAAAUUUUGAAUUUUGUAAUUUCUCUUUUUGCUUCCAAUAUUUCAGUUAAUAAAUUGUGAUAAUUUUUAACGAAACAAUAUUUAACACUAAUUUUAAUUAAUUUGUAAACAAUUAAUUAUGCAUUUCUUAUAAAGAUUUUUGAAAUAUUGUAAAUUAAAUCAAAAAUGUAUUAAGUAUGAAUAAUAAUAUUGAAAGAUUUAGAUCAUGAAAUGAAUAAAAAGAGAAGAGAAAUGCUGUAAGACACUUACAUUUUGGAAUAAAAAGGCAAACAGAAAUAAUUUUAACAUACAAAAAGUUAAAUUUCUGUCCGUGUAAUAAAAAAAUUACACAAAUACAUUAAAAUUAUUAUCAGGAACAAACGAAUAUGUUUUAGAAAAAUAAAAAAAUAAAGUGGAAACAAACCAAUCGUAUAUAAAGUACCAUUUUUUCUUUGAACGAGUGUAAAUACUGUUUUUAAAAACAAUCUACUACAUCUCAUAUUAUGUACUUUUAUUCAUAUUUCAAAAUAUUUCAAAUUUAUUGCAUAUAUUUAGAAAGAGACCAAGAAAAUUGAAAAAGACAUUAAUAUAACGGUCGAAACCAAGAUUUAAUUGCAUGAUUUCAAAAAAAUCAUUAUAAUUUUUUAUGGUAUGGCAAUUAUUCUCAACUUUCUGAAGUUAUAGAAAUUUGAAAUAGUUUGCAGUUUCAGAAAUAUGAGGUGUCAAAAAUUCAAAUUUUACGAAUUUCGAGCGAUGAUGACUUAGAAGGGGAUGAUGAUGACUUAGAAAAAAAAAUUUUUCCAACGAAAUAAAAUCCUAUUUUUUGGAAAAAUAAUUAAAAAUGCAAAUGAAGAUUUUAAAAUAAUAAGGCGAACCGGAAGACCAGUUGGAAUUAUUAUCAGUCCUUACAUACGUAUAAAAAUGUUUUCAUUUGUUAUCUUGAUUUCAUUUCAUUUUUUAUGUGGAUAAAUUUUAAAUUUUUAAUAUAAAUUUAAUAAUUUUUAUAAAAAAAUGCAUACAAUUUUUGCUCCCUGAUGCCGGUUGGAAUAUUGGAAUCAAAAAAAAAAAUUAUAAAAAUUCAAAAACAAACUAUGUAUGGUUCUGUUCGACAAUAAAAUUGUAUGAAUAUUUUCCAAGAAUCAGUUUUAUUUAUUUUAUAAAUUUUUAAAGCAAAAUAGUUGAUAUUGUUGAAAAUAUUAUUUAAAUUUUAAUUUUUUAAUAAUAACAUUGAAUUUUUAAAAUUAAAAUGUGCUAAAAUUUAAAAAAAAUAAGUUUAAAAUGGCAACAAAUUUUUAAAAAUAAAUUGAAAAAAUCUCAUUUUUUUUUUAAUUUUAGCAUUCAUGAAUUUUUUGAU